AUCUGCUUUCAAGAUACCUGCACAUUUUCACUCUGAAAUUCUGUGCCAAGUAGGAACUUGCCAUUUCUGUUUUGCAGCACUGACCAGCUGCCAGGCUGUGAGCCACCCAUCUGGUAUCACGAGAGAAUAUUCUGCUGAGGUGCCUUCAGUGAAGAGCAGCCAUGGCUUCUUCAGAUGCUGAGAUGGCUGUCUUUGGAGAGGCAGCUCCCUACCUCCGAAAGUCAGAGAAGGAAAGAAUCGAAGCCCAGAACAAGCCUUUUGAUGCCAAGUCAUCUGUCUUUGUGGCCCAUCCAAAGGAAUCCUUUGUGAAAGGGACAAUCCAAAGCAGGGAAACAGGGAAGGUCACUGUCAAGACUGAAGCUGGAGAGACUCUGACCGUGAAGGAAGAUCAAAUCUUCUCCAUGAACCCUCCCAAGUACGAUAAAAUUGAGGACAUGGCCAUGAUGACCCACCUCCACGAACCCGCUGUGCUGUACAACCUCAAAGAGCGUUAUGCAGCCUGGAUGAUCUACACCUACUCGGGCCUCUUCUGUGUCACUGUCAACCCCUACAAGUGGCUGCCGGUGUACAACCCGGAGGUGGUGUUGGCCUACCGAGGCAAAAAGCGCCAGGAGGCCCCUCCACACAUCUUCUCCAUCUCUGACAACGCCUAUCAGUUCAUGCUGACUGACCGCGAGAAUCAGUCGAUCCUGAUCACCGGAGAAUCCGGUGCAGGGAAGACUGUGAACACGAAACGUGUCAUCCAGUACUUUGCAACAAUUGCAGCUAGUGGGGAGAAGAAGAAGGAGGAGCAGUCUGGCAAAAUGCAGGGAACGCUUGAGGAUCAAAUCAUCAGUGCCAACCCUCUGCUGGAGGCCUUUGGAAAUGCCAAGACUGUGAGGAAUGACAACUCGUCACGCUUUGGUAAAUUCAUCAGAAUCCAUUUUGGGGCCACAGGCAAACUGGCUUCUGCUGACAUUGAAACUUAUCUGCUGGAAAAGUCCAGAGUUACUUUCCAGCUCAAGGCAGAAAGAAGCUACCACAUUUUUUAUCAGGUCACCUCCAACAAGAAGCCAGAGCUAAUUGAAAUGCUCCUUAUUACCACCAACCCGUAUGACUACCCUUUUGUGAGUCAAGGUGAGAUCACUGUCCCCAGCAUUGAUGACAAGGAGGAGCUGAUGGCUACAGAUAGUGCCAUUGACAUCCUGGGCUUCAGUGCUGAUGAAAAGACUGCCAUCUACAAGCUGACAGGGGCUGUCAUGCAUUAUGGGAACUUGAAGUUUAAGCAGAAACAGCGAGAGGAGCAGGCAGAGCCAGAUGGCACAGAAGUGGCUGACAAGGCUGCCUACCUGAUGGGCCUGAAUUCAGCUGAUAUGCUCAAGGCACUGUGCUACCCUCGAGUCAAAGUUGGGAAUGAGUAUGUGACCAAAGGUCAAACUGUGCAGCAGGUGCACAAUGCUGUAGGUGCUCUGGCAAAGGCUGUCUAUGAGAGAAUGUUCCUGUGGAUGGUUGUUCGCAUCAACCAGCAGCUGGACACCAAGCAGCCCAGGCAGUACUUCAUUGGUGUCCUGGACAUCGCUGGCUUUGAGAUCUUUGAUUUCAACAGCUUUGAGCAGCUGUGCAUCAACUUCACCAAUGAGAAACUGCAACAGUUUUUCAACCACCACAUGUUUGUGCUGGAGCAAGAGGAGUACAAGAAGGAAGGCAUUGAAUGGACAUUCAUUGACUUUGGGAUGGACCUGGCUGCCUGCAUUGAGCUCAUUGAGAAGCCCAUGGGCAUCUUCUCCAUCCUGGAAGAGGAGUGCAUGUUCCCCAAGGCAACAGACACUUCUUUCAAGAACAAGCUCUAUGACCAGCAUCUGGGCAAGUCCAGCAACUUCCAGAAGCCCAAGCCUACCAAAGGAAAGGUUGAGGCCCACUUCUCCCUCAUACACUAUGCUGGAACAGUGGACUACAACAUCACUGGCUGGCUUGAGAAGAACAAGGACCCCCUGAACGAAACUGUCAUUGGGUUGUACCAGAAAUCUUCACUGAAAACUUUGGCCUUACUGUUUGCCAACUAUGGGGGAGCAGAAGCAGACACUAGUGGUGGAGGCAAGAAAGGUGGCAAGAAGAAGGGUUCUUCUUUCCAGACUGUCUCAGCUCUUUUCCGGGAGAACUUAAACAAGCUGAUGACCAAUCUGAGAAGCACCCACCCCCAUUUUGUACGCUGUAUUAUCCCAAAUGAAACAAAAACACCUGGUGCCAUGGAGCAUGAGCUGGUUCUGCACCAGCUGAGGUGUAACGGCGUGCUGGAAGGGAUCAGAAUUUGCAGGAAAGGAUUCCCCAACAGAGUCCUAUAUGCAGAUUUUAAACAGAGAUACAAAGUACUAAAUGCAAGUGCUAUUCCAGAGGGACAGUUCAUUGACAGCAAGAAGGCUUGUGAGAAACUUCUUGGAUCGAUUGAUAUAGAUCACACUCAGUAUAAAUUUGGUCACACCAAGGUGUUCUUCAAAGCUGGGCUGGUUGGCCUUCUGGAGGAGAUGAGGGAUGAGAAACUGGCACAACUCAUCACUCGCACACAGGCCAGGUGCAGGGGCUUCCUGAUGAGAGUGGAGUACCAGAAAAUGGUGGAGAGGAGAGAGUCCAUCUUCUGCAUCCAGUACAACAUUCGUGCAUUCAUGAAUGUCAAGCACUGGCCCUGGAUGAAGCUGUUCUUCAAGAUCAAGCCCCUGCUGAAGAGUGCAGAGUCUGAGAAGGAGAUGGCAAACAUGAAACAAGAGUUUGAGAAGACCAAGGAAGAGCUUGCAAAGUCUGAGGCAAAGAGAAAGGAGCUGGAGGAGAAAAUGGUGAAGCUAGUGCAGGAGAAAAAUGACCUGCAGCUCCAAGUACAGGCUGAAGCUGAUGCAUUAGCUGAUGCUGAAGAAAGAUGUGACCAGCUCAUCAAAACCAAAAUCCAGCUGGAAGCCAAAGUAAAGGAGGUGACAGAACGAGCUGAGGAUGAGGAGGAAAUUAAUGCUGAGUUGACAGCCAAGAAGAGGAAACUGGAGGAUGAAUGCUCAGAGCUGAAGAAAGAUAUAGAUGACCUGGAGUUAACAUUGGCCAAGGUUGAGAAGGAAAAGCAUGCCACUGAGAACAAGGUGAAAAACCUCACAGAGGAGAUGGCAGCCCUGGAUGAGACCAUUGUGAAGCUGACAAAAGAGAAGAAAGCCCUCCAAGAGGCCCAUCAGCAGACACUGGAUGACCUGCAGGCUGAAGAGGACAAAGUCAAUACGCUGACCAAAGCUAAAACCAAGCUGGAGCAGCAAGUGGACGAUCUGGAAGGAUCCCUGGAGCAAGAGAAGAAGCUGCGCAUGGACCUUGAGAGAGCAAAGAGGAAACUUGAAGGAGACCUGAAGUUGGCCCAUGAUAGCAUAAUGGAUUUGGAAAAUGAUAAGCAGCAACUGGAUGAGAAACUGAAGAAGAAAGACUUUGAAAUCAGCCAAAUCCAGAGCAAAAUUGAGGAUGAACAACUUCUGGGCAUGCAGUUACAGAAGAAGAUCAAGGAGCUGCAGGCCCGUAUUGAGGAACUGGAGGAGGAAAUCGAGGCAGAGCGAACCUCUCGGGCCAAAGCAGAGAAGCACCGAGCUGACCUCUCCAGGGAGCUGGAGGAGAUCAGUGAGCGCCUGGAGGAAGCAGGAGGGGCUACGGCAGCUCAGAUUGAGAUGAACAAGAAGCGUGAGGCAGAAUUUCAGAAGAUGCGCCGUGACCUGGAAGAGGCCACACUGCAGCACGAAGCCACGGCUGCCGCCCUGCGGAAGAAGCAUGCGGACAGCACAGCGGAGCUUGGGGAGCAGAUCGACAACCUGCAACGAGUCAAGCAGAAGCUGGAGAAGGAGAAGAGUGAGCUGAAGAUGGAGAUUGAUGACUUGGCCAGCAACAUGGAGUCUGUCUCCAAAGCCAAGGCAAACCUGGAGAAGAUGUGCCGCACUUUGGAAGACCAACUGAGUGAAUUUAAAACAAAGGACGAGCAGAAUCUGCGCAUGAUCAGUGAUCUCAGUGCUCAAAGAGCUCGCCUGCAAACAGAAUCUGGUGAAUACGCACGCCAGGCGGAGGAAAAAGAUGGUUUAAUUUCUCAACUGUCCAGAGGGAAACAGGCCUUUACGCAACAGAUUGAAGAACUAAAGCGGCAACUAGAAGAAGAGAUAAAGGCCAAGAACGCCCUCGCCCACAGCUUGCAGUCUGCCCGCCACGACUGUGACUUGCUCCGGGAACAAUACGAGGAGGAGCAGGAAGCCAAGGGUGAGCUGCAGCGUGCCCUGUCCAAGGCCAACAGCGAAGUGGCCCAGUGGAGAACCAAAUAUGAGACGGACGCUAUUCAGCGCACAGAGGAGCUGGAGGAGGCCAAGAAGAAGCUGGCACAGCGCCUGCAGGAGGCAGAGGAACACGUUGAAGCCGUGAAUGCCAAAUGUGCUUCCCUGGAAAAGACAAAGCAGAGGCUGCAGAAUGAGGUGGAGGACCUGAUGAUUGACGUGGAGCGAGCAAAUGCUGCCUGCGCAGCUCUGGACAAGAAGCAGAAGAACUUUGACAAGAUCCUGGCGGAGUGGAAGCAGAAGUACGAGGAAACGCAGGCUGAGCUGGAGGCCUCCCAGAAGGAGUCUCGCUCCCUCAGCACAGAGCUGUUCAAGAUGAAGAAUGCCUAUGAGGAGUCCCUGGACCACCUGGAAACGCUGAAGCGUGAGAACAAGAACUUGCAGCAGGAGAUUUCUGACCUCACGGAGCAGAUUGCAGAGGGAGGAAAGGCGAUUCAUGAGCUGGAGAAAGUCAAGAAGCAGAUUGAGCAGGAGAAGUCUGAAAUCCAGGCUGCCUUGGAGGAAGCUGAGGCCUCCCUGGAACAUGAAGAGGGGAAGAUCCUGCGUCUCCAACUGGAGCUCAACCAGGUCAAGUCUGAGAUUGACAGGAAGAUAGCAGAGAAAGAUGAGGAAAUUGACCAGCUGAAGAGAAACCACCUCAGAAUUGUGGAGUCCUUGCAGAGCAGCCUGGAUGCUGAGAUCAGGAGCAGGAAUGAAGCCCUGAGGCUGAAGAAGAAGAUGGAGGGAGACCUGAAUGAAAUGGAGAUCCAGCUGAGCCAUGCCAACCGUGUUGCUGCAGAGGCACAAAAGAACCUGAGAAACACGCAGGCAGUGUUGAAGGAUACCCAGAUACACUUGGACGAUGCUCUCAGGACCCAGGAGGACUUGAAAGAGCAGGUGGCCAUGGUGGAGCGCAGAGCAAACCUGCUGCAGGCUGAGAUUGAGGAGCUACGGGCAGCCCUGGAGCAGACGGAGCGCUCGAGGAAAGUGGCUGAGCAGGAGCUUCUGGAUGCAAGUGAGCGUGUGCAGCUCCUCCAUACCCAGAACACCAGCUUGAUCAACACCAAGAAGAAACUAGAAACAGACAUUGCCCAAAUUCAGAGCGAAAUGGAGGAUACCAUCCAGGAAGCCCGCAAUGCUGAAGAGAAGGCCAAGAAGGCCAUCACCGAUGCGGCCAUGAUGGCAGAAGAGCUGAAGAAGGAGCAGGACACCAGUGCCCACCUGGAGAGGAUGAAGAAGAACCUGGACCAGACGGUGAAGGACCUGCAGCUCCGUCUGGAUGAGGCAGAGCAGCUGGCCCUGAAGGGAGGCAAGAAGCAAAUCCAGAAGCUGGAGGCCAGGGUGCGGGAGCUGGAAGGGGAGGUUGAUGCUGAGCAGAAGCGCAGCGCUGAAGCUGUGAAGGGUGUGCGCAAGUACGAGAGGAGGGUGAAGGAGCUGACCUACCAGUCUGAGGAAGACCGGAAGAAUAUUCUUAGACUCCAGGAUCUGGUGGACAAACUGCAGAUGAAGGUGAAAUCCUACAAGAGGCAAUCUGAGGAGGCUGAGGAGCUGUCCAACGUCAACCUCUCCAAGUUCCGCAAGAUCCAGCACGAGCUGGAGGAAGCCGAGGAGCGGGCUGACAUUGCAGAGUCACAGGUCAACAAGCUCCGAGCAAAGAGCCGGGAGUUCCAUAGGAGGAUUGAAGAGGAAGAGUGAGGAUGUCAUGAGGCAGCAAAGCAGCCUGAGGAGUGCACAAAAUGUGUCACUUUCUUUUGCAAUGUCUUUGUAACCAUGUCAGUGUCUAGAGAAUAAAAAACAUAGAUUAAUAUGCAUAAGCACUGCAAACAGUGGCUUCCUUGUUGUUGUUGUUAUCUCCUUUUUCAUCUUUUUCCUUUCGUUUUCCUGAAUAAGCUUAGGAUAUUACUGAUGCAGCUACAUACAUUGUUUUCAGUCUCCUUGCACUACUCUUGCCCUCAUAUAUUCUUAAUGCUUCUCCUAUUGUCCUGUCAGCACAGCAUACGUGCCAUGUGAGUGGCAAGAGAGAGCGAUCCCUUCCCUUUUUCCUUCCCUGCUAUGGGUUGCAAUCAUGGCAAUCACAGAUCCUAAACUCUGGUCUCUAACUAAGCUAUCAGAUGGUGCAGUGUAUCACACCAUGAAGGACAGACAGUUCCUCAGCAGAAACAAUUUCCUGCAGACACCAAAAUUAGUGCACUGUCAUGACACUUUGAUGGUGCCUCUAAACUGUGCAUUUUCUCUUACUUUAGAUUCUCUGAGCUGAUGCCAUCUAUUUGUGGUUUCCCUCCAAUGUGGCAGAAGGCUGAGCCCUGCCUGGGGCCACCUACCGAAAGGAAGCCCCCUCAGGGCUGAUUUUCCACACGUUGCAUAGAAGAACGCACCUCCUCAGCCCAUCACCUGAAUGUCAGCCUUGUCAGCUCUUGCACAACUGGCUGCGUGCAGCACAGCCUCAGGCAAGGGAAAAGAAGAAAGCUGAUAGGUGUUUUACUCCCAGAUAGCUGGACUUUCGUUUUGGCCUACACAAAGGCUGAGCUGACAGUAUUCUAGGGUCUCAGAAGGGAAGGAGGAAAUUGACAAAUGUUUUUCCUUCCAUUCAGACCCUGAGGUGGCACACGAGACAGGUAUCACCCUGGUCUCCUGCCCUCCAUGAGCUGUCUUGGCUGAAGUCUUUUGACACACUGCCUUUGGUUGAGGUGAAAGUCACAUGGAGUGCAUCACUGUAUGUCAAAAGCAUGUGCAAAGAUAUCAGCGUAAAUGCGUAUUUAACUGGCAGAUAUAUACUUCCUAGUAUUUUCUCUCCCUUACUUUCAGGAAGACCACAUGGACCUGGAAGAUUCUCUCGGAAAGAACAAAGGCCACAGGGCUGAGCAUACAAUGAAUCAUAACCAGGUUAGUGGUAACUGAGGUCUGUGAAUUUAGUGAUUCUUUAUGUCAUUUAAAUUUGCACAAUUACACCCAGUGUAGCAGCAUUUCCCCUGGCUGAAAUGUUCGCCAUUCACUCCACGCUGCAGGAACCCUUGGUGCAGACUGAUGUGGAGUGGAUGAGGAGCCAUUAGCCGUUGCUGAGGCGCAGCUGGCACUGAAGGGAAGUAGGAAGCCCAUGUAAGAACAGAGAACAGAGGAUGUGUUGCUGAAAUUUUGUGAGAGUCUGUGGGUUUCCUACUCUGAAUAUUGUACAAGACCUGCUAUUCAAAAGUUGAAGUUGGUCCUCCAUGAUGUACCAAGCCUAGCAGGGCAGCAAGGAUGGGAGUGGGGCUAGUGCUAUGGGCUGAAGGGAAAUGACUGUGCAGAAAAUGACUGUGCCCAAAGCUGAGACAGGUAGCCUCUGAGUGCUUUCAACCUUGAUUUGCAUACAAUGUUUUAAAUGGAAAGCUUGUGAGUGGAGCUUCUUGGGUGUCACGGGAAGUGAUAAGGACAGUCUCUCGGUCUAAGCUUUGCUAGUCCAUGCCAACAGCUCUACCUUCAAACAGACACACUGCUGUGAAGUUGCUCCACAGCUGCAUAUCUAUGACAGUAUUAUCUACCCUACCUGGCUUCCAGGUGCAACCUCAAGAACCUCAUGCAUUUUCAUCCCUUUCAUCCAACUUCCUUGCCUGACAGUGUGCACAGCUCUGCCACAAUAACCACGACCUCUGUGGUCAGCACUGAAUUUCCAAACUCACCUAUAAUCAGUGCUCCCUUUGGGUGGCUCUAGAAUCCUUGACCACACACAUCUCACACCUGCAGGUUUCUCCAAAGCUGCCAAUGAGGCUGAAUAGAAUUUAGAUGUCGUAGCAUCUAGUGAGCAUCCCCAUUAACUGUGAUGGCAGGGCAAACCUGUACAAACAUAAACCUCUAAGACUCUUUGAAAUUCUACACUGCAGACCCUGAACUGCUAUUGGCUCCACUGUAGAAGCGCAAGGAUACAUCAUCACAUUAAAAGAAAGCAAGGCAGCCACAAAGACAGCCAAAGGGAAGAGAUAAGGCAGCAGCUCUGAAGAAGAAUAAUCAGGCUCCUGGACAAACUGGUAAGUGUGGCGUUUGAAAAUAGUUGGCCUGUACAAAGCAAAACAUUACAACAAGCACUGAUAUGAAAGGGAAGGUAACUCUCUGAAGAUGAAGCAGCUAUCAAGUCGUAAGUCUAACUGCGUCUCCUCUGAUCACAGUGUGCACCUGCACAAAGUUGCCUGCCAACGCUCCCAGAUCCUAAACUCUGGUCUCUAACUAAGCUAUCAGAUGGUGCAGUGUAUCACACCAUGAAGGACAGACAGUUCCUCAGCAGAAACAAUUUCCUGCAGACACCAAAAUUAGUGCACUGUCACGACACUUUGAUGGUGCCUCUAAACUGUGCAUUUUCUCUUACUUUAGAUUCUCUGAGCUGAUGCCAUCUAUUUGUGGUUUCCCUCCAAUGUAGCAGAAGGCUGAGCCCUGCCUGGGGCCACCUACCGAAAGGAAGCCCCCUCAGGGCUGAUUUUCCACACGUUGCAUAGAAGAACGCACCUCCUCAGCCCAUCACCUGAAUGUCAGCCUUGUCAGCUCUUGCACAACUGGCUGCGUGCAGCACAGCCUCAGGCAAGGGAAAAGAAGAAAGCUGAUGGGUGUUUUACUCCCAGAUAGAUGGACUUAUGGCCUACAUAAAGGCUGAGCUGACAACAUUGUGGAGAGUCUGAGGUUGUAGGGGAAGAGAGAAACUGACAAAUACUUUUUAUACAAAGGAAAAUGUUACAACAAGCACUGAUAUGAAAGGGAAGGUAAUUCACUGAAGAUGAAGCAGCUAUGAAAUCAAGAGCCUGUGUCUGUUCUCCUCUGACCUAUCACAACAUUUACCUGCACAAAGAUACCUGCCGACGCUCCCAGGGAUGCGGUCAAAACAAAGCAGGCAGAGCAGUGCCUGAGUCUGGGACAGGCGGGCCUGAGGCCUGCCCUCGUGUCCCCAGCGAAUUCUCAGCUCCCUCCUGGCUCCCAUCUCCUGGGCUCUCAGGUCCCACCGCGUCGCCCUGCAGCUUCACAAGCGUCAUCCCCAGAAGCGCUGACAGGCUGCGGGGCUUGUGCACAGAGCUCUGCAGUUGCCUGUGCCAGGAGGAUGGCUGUCAUUUGUCUCCCUUCAAUCCUCAGCGCCCAAAGCUCAAAAUAACCCCCCUCGCAAGGCUCCUGCGUGGGGCCGGGCCUGCUGCUGUAGAUGAUACGCCUCCAUGAAUAGCACUCGAAGACAUUCCUCAGCGGGUAGCUUGCCUUCUAUAUCUCACUGCGGCGUGCUGCCAUGCAGGAGCUGGACAACUGUGCUGUGUCCUAAGAUGGCAGAUGCUAUUCUUGUCCCAGAAAGUCUUGCUCCGUCCGGCACAGCUCCUUUCUCAGCUGAAAUGUGAACAGUCAGGAGCCGGCCGGAGCGGCCCCUCUGAAGCCAGUGGAAAUGGCAGUGUGUGAACGCGGCCCCUGGGUGCUUGCCCUGCUCUGCUGGGAUGUGCUGUGCCACCAGGAGCACGGCUGCUGCACAGCUGCCGUUGGUGUUCAGCUUGGGGUGCGUGUGGUGGGGGUGAUCACCUCUCCUGGGUAUCAACAAAUGAAAAAGAUGAGUUGUUGCCCUCAGAGUUCACAGCUGCUUCUCCUUGCAGCCUCAGUGGGUGAGGGACAAGUCAGAGCUCACUCUCAGCUUCAGAGGCUCGCAGAAAGUUCAGCCCCCACAGGCAAUCAGGCAGAGGAAGUCAAGGCCCAGAGGCAUCAGCUGGGAGAGUGGCUGCGCCUGUCCCCUCGUCCCCUGGCCCGUUUCAUCCCCAUGAGUUUUCUUUCCCCUCAGCCUCGGGCUCCAGCAGCUCCUGUCAGUCACGGGGAGCUCACGCAGGCAGCCCUGCUCUAUUUGUGCUCCGGGCACAAGUUGCCAGCAGGUGGCAGAACGGAGCCGCUGAGGCGGUCCCUCCUUCGGGUGCCGUGCGUGCUACAGCCAGCAGCCAGCUCUCAGGAAAGCUGAGCUCUUCUAAACCUGGUGAAACUACCUGGCCCAGAUGUUAUCACCAAACGCGAUCAAAUGGGUUGAAAUCUUACUAGAUUUGUCUCCCAACUUUUUGUAUCCACUGGACCAGGACAAAGACAGGUUGUCUGGACCAAAAAAGCCUUGAAAUUCAAUAGUCAGUAAUUAAUAAAUAAGAGACUGAGCUGAAAUGAACAGGCACUUGUUCCUGUGCAAGGCCUCAUUUGCAUUGGGCCCUCUGCUGAGAAAAGACACCAAUGGGUUCUUUGAAGCAUGCGACUAUUGGAAGGCCAGUACGAGGCAUUAACCACUCUGCCAGCUCCACCACGCGCCUGACUGAUCCUUAGGGGAGAGCGACUGUAGCAACUCUUCUGCUAGCUCUGCUCUGGCUGGACCUUUACUGUGCAGGGCUCUACAGGAGAGGCUGGGACUCUGGAACCCUGUCACAGCGGGAAGAAAUCCUGACUCUCAUCUCCCUCCUCAGCCUCUCCCGUCCUUUAGCUUCAUCUUGCAGAGAGUGCCCUGGGUGUUGUGAGAAAAAUAGCAUGUAAGGUUCUCUUUUCUCUCUGAGAUCUGUGAGCAGGACCCUGGGAGACAGCUGCUUUGAGCAGCAGUCACUCACAGGCACUGGACCACAGGCUGUCUCCCUCUAGCAAGAAAAGUGGCAUGACAGGAGACUGCCAGUGGGGCAGAAGCAGGUGCUGAGGACCCGACACCUACACUAUAUGGUUUCCAGGGAUAGGUGUGUGAAGGUUCCAAGACACUAAUGGCAGUUUGACAUGGGAGCACAGCAGAAGUGUCCAUGAUGCACAGCUGUACUUUAAUUAAAUUUAUUACCAGCGUGAGUCUGGAAUAGACCUUUGUCCAUAUGGACUGAAGUCCCUAGGAUAAAAUUCACUAUAGCCAGCAAAGAGCAAAGAGCAAAUGAAAGAGCAAAGAGCAAAUGAAAGACAUUCUUUCAUAUCAUUCUUUUGCAUUUAAAAGCAGUGAUGUUCACUUUCACACUUGGAAACGAUGUAACACAUGAGAUGCCAUUUUCACCACACAGAGAAUAUUAUGAUUACUUGGAUGGUGACCAUGACACUGUGGAGUUUUAGAUCCUCAUAGCAGUAAGGAGGGCACAGAGGAAGCUCACAACUGGGCUUCAGGAGAUUAGAUGUCGGCUUCUUCAGGAACCUGCUUGGUACAGUACUGUGGGAUAAAGCCCUGGAGGGAAGAGGGACCCAAGAAAGCUGGAUAAUAUUCUAGGAUCACUUCCUCCAAGCACAGGAGUGAUGCAUCCCAACAAAGAGAAGUUGGGCAAAAGCACCAGGAUGCCUGUAGGGAUGAAGGAGAUGCUCCUGGACAAAGUCAAACAUGAAAAGGAAACCUCCAGAAUAUGGAAGCAAGGAUAGGUAGCUUGGGAGUAACAGAGAGACACUCAGUGAUCAGGUUAGGAAAACUAAGGCACUGAUAGAACUGAAUAUGGCAAGAGAUUUAAAGGGCAACAAGAAAGGCUUCUAAAAGUGUGUCAGUAAUAAAAGGCAGAUUAGGGAAAAUGUGGGCACUCUUCAUAAGGAAACAGGAGACCUGAUUCAUCCAUGAUAUGGGGAAGGGUGAGGUACCUAACGACUUUUUUGCCUCAGUCUUCACCACUCAUCUCACGGAAUUGAAAUGCAGAGACUGGGAGAAUGAAGAACUGCCCGCUGUAGAAGAUGAUCAGGAGCAAGAUGGUUUAAGCAAUAUGAAUGUGUACAAAUCCAUGGGAACAGAUGAGUUGUAUCUGAGAGUCCUGAAGAAACUGGUGGAUAAAACUGCUAAACUACUGUUCAUCAAAUCUGAGAUUUCAUGGCAGUCUGAUGAAGUUCCCACUGGCUGGAAAAGUGGGAAAAAAAUAAAUUUAAAAAGGAAAGAAAGAAGAGAUAGCUUCAGGGAACUUUAGCUCAGUCUGACUCAUCUCUGUGCCUGGCAAGAUCAUGGAAUAGGUCCUCCUGAAAAGUAUGCUAAAGCACAUGGAAAAAAAAAAGAAGACAUGACUACUGGCAGCCAACCCAUCUUCACUAAGGGCAAAUAAUGUUUGACAAAUUUGGUGUCUGUCUACAACAGAAUUACAGUGUUGGCAAAUAAAGGAAGAGCAAUGGA